GCCUCCGAGGAAGAAGAGUAAUCCCAAAUCUUAUCUCCAUGGGCUUGCUUAUCAAUAUCGACAGCCACGACCAGUUGCAACACCUUACCUGCCUACAUUAGGUAUCUUCAUACCCAUAAGAUCUUGUAUCUCUUGGAAAGAUCCUGGUAUCGCUACAUCGUGGAGUGCAUAGAUACAUGCCAAGGGCCAGUCCCUACUUAAGUUUGACAGUGCUACCCCUGCAGUCAGUAGGGACCUACCUACUAGGUACUGUACCUACCGCCCCCAGGCAGGAUUCAGGCAGUACGGCGUAUCCAGCAGCGCUUUUCCCAGUGGUGUUUCUAGCACCCUCUAGCAGUGUCCUGGAUCUCUCGGCGCUGCCCAAGCUACCUGCCGAGCAGAUGCCUAGAUACUAAAUAGGUACCUAGAAC